UUUUAGAUGUCAUGACAAGAAUAUAUAAGAAAUCAAGUCCAAUGCAGGGACAUUUUCAUAAACUGAAUCUUCAUGUCAAUAACCUGAUGAGUAGUCUAUUCUGUGCUGCAGGUAUGAAUCAAAGCUCAUUAGAGAUAUUGUUGAAGUUAUAUGGACAAAAUUGCAACCUACAUCAUUCAGUUAUGGGGAAAAUCUAGUUGGAAUGGACUCAAGAUUGCAGCCAGUCAAUUUGCUUUUAGAUGUAGGGGUGGAUGACGUCCGCUUCAUUGGUAUAUGGGGAAUGGGCGGGAUUGGUAAGACUACUAUGGUAAGAGUGGUGUAUGAGAGAAUCUCUCGUGAAUUUGAAUUUAGUUUCCUUCUUACCGAUGUUAGAAACUCUGUUGAAAAAAGUGGUCUACUUAAUUUACAAAAGCAACUUCUCUCUGGGAUUUGGACAAAGAAAGCCAGCAUAUCAGACCUUCAUGAAGGAGCCACGAUUAUAAGGAUGCACGGAAGACUAAGGAUGCACGAUUUGCUCCAAGAAAUGGGACGGGAAAUUGUCCGCCGGGAAUCUCCUAACGAGCCAGGGAGGUGCAGUAGGUUGUGGCUUCUUGAAGACGUCAAACAUGUCUUGACCAAAAAUACUGGAACUGAAGCAAUAGAAGGCAUAUUUGUGGAAUCAACAGGAGUAGACAUGGACGUGACUCCGAAAUCAUUUUCAAUGAUGAACAAAUUGAGAUACCUGAAGAUUGAGAAUGGGAACCUACCUAAAGGACUUGAAUAUCUUCCCAAUAGUUUACGGAUUCUUGAUUGGAUGAGGUAUCCGUUAAAAUCUUUGCCAUCACAUUUCAACCCUCAGAAGCUCCUCGAACUAAGCUUGUCUCAUAGUUGUUUUAAACAUUUUUGGGUAGGACCAGAGCCUUUAUGCAAUUUGAAAACCAUUAAUCUGAGUCACUCUCUAAAUCUUGUCAACACCCCAAACUUUAAAGAUAUACCGUAUCUCAAGUUUCUGGUUCUUGAAGGUUGUAUAAGAUUGUAUGAGGUUGACCCGACAAUUGAAGUGCUUGAAAGACUUGCUGUGCUGAACUUGAAAGAUUGCAAGAAUCUUGUGCGACUUCCAAGCAGUGUAGGUGGCUUAACAUCUCUCAAAGAUCUCAAUCUUUCUGGUUGCUCAAAGCUUGACAAAUUGCCGCAUGAGUUGGGUCAUGUUGCUUGCUUGGAGAAGCUUGAUGUGAGUGGAAGUGGCAUCAGAGAACUGCCCUCCUCUAUUGGUCUUUUGAAAAACCUCAAAGAAUUCUCUCUUGCUGGGUGUAAAGCAGAGUCACCUAAAUCAUGGAAUCUGAUCCCCUUUCAGUUAUUGCGAAAAAGAAGUCACAUUCCGGCAGGAUUGUCGUUGCCUUGUUUGUCUGGUUUGCAUUCAUUAACUAAAUUGAAUCUAAGUGACUGCAAUCUUUCUGAAGAAGCAAUGCCCAGUGAUUUUGGAUGCUUGUCUUCAUUAAGAGAAUUAAAUCUCAGCAGAAAUCAAUUCAGUAGACUACCCAAGAGCAUCGGCCAACUCUCUAGACUUGACCGUAUUCGCUUGGAUUGGUGCCACAAGCUUCGGAGAUUACCAGAGCUUCCAUCUCAUGCAUGGGUAUACGCUGACAACUGCAUUUCAUUAGAUACAUUGGCCAAUCAAAGCAAUUCGUUGGGACGAGGAUAUUUUGUUAACUGUUUCAAACUGGUGGAGAAUCAAAGCUGUGAGAGUAUAGCACUUUCAUUCCUAACACGAUACCUUAAGAGUCGAGCAUUUUUUGACCAUAAAGAAUUUGGCUUUGUUUUUCCUGGAAAUGAAAUUCCAGAGUGGUACAAUCACCGAAGUGUGGGGUCUUCGAUAACCGUAGAGCUGCAUCCAGGUUGGUUUAGUAACAAGUGGAUGGGAUUCGCCUGCUGUGUCUUAUUUAGACUCCUCAAACCGCUCCCGCCUGUGUUUUUGUGGUCCAUUGAUUGCGCACUGAGUGCCAAUGGAAAAUCAUCGCGUCACAGUAGUUUAUUGUUUGGGGGAGAGUAUGGUCAACCUGUGUUGGAUCACAUUUGGUUCUUCUGUGGGGCGCGUGAUAUGGGUUUAGGGUUUAGGGCCGGAUUUCGGGUUUUCAGCCUAAAUGCCCAGCCCUCGUUUUAGUACGUAAAUAUAAUCCUUAAAUGUAAGAUCAUAUAUAGAAGCAUGCAUAUACUAUAAUUUG